UUGACACACGUGACCCUGCGUCUCCACCGCUAUAAAAGAGCAAAAGCUCAGAUUCCAGCAGACAUUUCAGAGCAGCCAGACGAUACUGAAACUCCAUCACAAAACCUCAGAUCCAAGAUGAAGGUCUGGUUCGUUCUGUUCCUGCUGCUGCCUCUCUGCAUGGCGGAUCAUUACAUUGAGUGCUACGGUGAGGACUUCCUGAUGGUGAGGAACAUGGUUCUGCAGUGCAGGAGUAAAGUUCCUCAGGCCUGCUACACCAGAGCAUCCGGAGAGAAAGGCUGCGUCAGCGAAGAAUUCUGUCAAAAGAAAGGCUGGAAAUGUUGUCAUGAAAACCGGUGCAACGCUUGAUCCUCACUGAGCACCAACUUCAUUUAUGCCUCAGUCAUCUUUGUUUUAAUUUUAUACUCUCUGACAUCAAUACGAUUUUAUAUUGUGACACCAAUGACUUCAAAAAAAUAAAAAAUAAAUAAAUAUCA